AUGCAAGCGAACAGAGGGAAUGCCGAGGCCCUGGGUCGGAAGGCCAAGCUUGCUCGCUCAUACCAGGAACUUCUCGACGAAUUCUCCAACAAAGAUCUUAGCUCCGUCGGCAACUAUACACUCGGCCGUCUCAUUGGAAAAGGAUCUUUCGGCAAAGUCUACUUGGCCACUCACAAGCUCACCAAUGGAUCCAAGGUCGUUCUCAAAUCCGCAAACAAAGGCGACUCGAAUCUCGCGCGAGAGAUCCAUCACCACCGACAAUUUGUUCAUCCUCACAUCGCACGAUUAUACGAGGUCAUAGUCACGGAAAACUUGGUGUGGCUGGUACUGGAAUAUUGCGCAGGUGAUGAGCUUUACAACUACCUCCUCGAACACGGCCCGUUGCCUGUGCACAAAGUCCAAAAGAUUUUUGCCCAGCUCGUCGGCGCUGUCGCAUAUGUACAUCAACAGUCUUGUGUCCACCGGGAUCUGAAACUCGAAAAUAUCCUUUUCGACAAGCACGAGAAUGUCAAAUUGGUGGACUUUGGCUUCACUAGAGAAUAUGAGGGCAAGUCCAACUAUCUGCAGACGUUUUGCGGCACAAUAUGCUACUCCGCGCCCGAAAUGCUCAAGGGGGAGAAAUACGCUGGGGAAAAGGUCGACGUUUGGAGUUUGGGUGUCAUUCUAUACGCUCUGUUAUGUGGAGAGCUACCAUUCGACGAUGACGACGACAACGUUACGAGGACAAAAAUCCUCAACGAAGAACCGAAAUAUCCCGACCACCUACCCCCCGCCGCUAUUCCGUUGAUCCAAUCGCUCCUCUCCAAAAGGCCGCUGCUCCGGCCUUCGCUUCCUGAUAUCCUCACGAACCCUUUCCUCGCCGAGCACACACCAGCACAGCAGGCGAUUCUGAAAUUGCAACGACCAGCCCCAUUUUCGACGCCUUUGGAAAAGGAGACUCUUCAGCGUAUGCGGAGCGCGGGCGUCGCCAUUGACUCGGUCAUAGAAAGUGUUCUGGCCCAGCGGUGCGAUGCUUUAGCCGGCUGGUGGACGCUUCUCAUCGAAAAGGAGCAGCGAAAAGUGCGGCGGAGGGAGAGGAAGCGUCGUGAACGAGAGGCUGAGAACAGAAGCCUCCGUCGCCUGUCUGCGGCGUCCAGUCGACUCGAGCGGAUUGCGCCGGUGCUGCAGGAGGUCGACGAGCACGGCGGGCUGACAAAUCGUUUCAUCAGGCUCGAAGAUGCGCCGAUAACCCCGAGGACGAGAGGACGGUCAGAGAGGAGGAGUGCCCACUACUCAGAUUUCGGAGACUUGCCAGGGCUGCCAGAACACGCCAAGGAGAAUGGAGGCCCGGGUACGGACGAGCACCCGCCACCUCCAAUCGACAAGGACUCGGUCCGGUCUGCGAGCACAUCCGGACAUGGUCGCCCGGUUCCUCCCCCUAAAGAGGGUGUGGUCCGCAGCGCGAGAUCUCGCGGUUCGACUCUUCACCUAGUGACCACCUCCGAAGCUUUGGCGGCUAACAGAACGCCAGAGCGACCCCCUGAUCAGCAACAAAAAGUCCGAAAGAAGCCGUCACAGGCCAUUAUUGCCCAUUGGAAGCACUGGACGCAUUGGUUCUUUGAGAAUACCCGUAGGACUAGGCACGCAAGCAAGAGAGGCAGCCACUCGACACCCAGCUUGGUCGAUAAGAACGGCAGCGUUGCAGGCAACAGCAGCAAGCACUCGAAGGACAGUAGUCCUCGGCCGCAGACGGGCAAGAAUCCGAUGACGGACAACUCCGUAGCUCAGGCCAAGGCCGGUUUGCCUCGCGGAGUGGUAGCCAACGGCCACCUAAACAAGGCCCUUCCAGGUCAUAGGGGGUCUGGCGCAUUCAGCAGCCCGGGAUCGGGAGGAGGCUCCACGCCAUCGCAAAUGCCGUCUCGGAUAUCGACAUCAUACAAGCGACAGUCACUGUCGCCGUCUCCCAUGACCCCUCGAACAACAAUGCGGCGCUCCUCCGCAGGGCUGAGAGGUCGUAAAUCAACUUCAUCGUCAGUAUCUUCUAUUCGAUCAAUGCCCCAUCACCAUCACUCUCAUUCCAAGGCUUCCUCGACAAGCUCAAAUGGCUCAGUGUCGACAUCAAUAUCCAAAAACACCCUUCAGCGCGGACAGUCACCCCACCAUUCUGUCAAGGUCCUUCCUGCCACCCCGACCUCUACGACAUUUCCAUCCAACAUCCGCCUAGUGCGUGGACCCGGGCCCCCGGCUCCUCUUGCUUUGUUCACUGAGGGCAUGCCCCCACCGCCAGUAUCGGGGGCGCAGGCUCCCGGCUCACCGAAUCCUUUUGCACAGGGAGGGGGUAUUCAAUUUGCCAAGCGAAAGCGUAACAUCUUCAAGGGACCGAUGCUAACUUUCGGUGGCGGCGGUGCUGGUGGCGGCGGAAGCGGCGCACGAAGUACGGGAUCCAGUCAUUCCCGGAGUGCAAGUGCUUCCGGUAUGGGGCGUCGGUCUGGCGAGGUGACCAUACAAGAGGAGGAGGAAGGUGAAGAAGAUGAAGAAGAGAUUGAGGAAGUUGACGUCUUCACACCCGUUGUUGGAGGACCGGGUGAGCGCAUUGAAGAGCAGAUCAUUGAAGAUGGCGAGACUGAUGCCGUGGGAGCCCAAGCCAAAGCAGACACCAGCGCUGCUCCCGUCACGCCAAAGACGACGGCCCCGCCAGCUCAUGUAUGA